CAUCAGUGGAAGCACAAAGGAAAACAAAAGGAGUUCAAUUUUCAUUGCCUUUUUCGCUUUGGAAUUUUACAAUUCUUCCUCUUGUAUCGUUGACGUUUCACUGUCUUUUUCUUUUCUUUUCUUUUCUAACGCCUUGCUGGUUCUCACUUCACCAAGUAGCACACGUACCUCCAUGGGAGACCUCAGGUUCUCGCUUCUCUUCUAUGCUUGGAGGAGAGGUUUUGGAGCUUCUCCUUCUUUACCAUCUCUUCUCUCUCUCCAAUUACAAACCAGAAAAAGAAAAAAAAUGCCACUCAAUUCUGAUCAUUACCAUCUUCACCGUGGUCUGCUCUGUAAAUCUUUGUCAGUGAUUAUUCUUGUUCUAAUUUUGUACAGUUCAGUUGGUUUGGCUGCUUCAAGCGUUGAUGAUAAGCAGGCAUUGCUGUUGUUCAAAUCUGCAAUCAUUAGAGACCCAUCAGGGCUCACCUCCAAUUGGAACCCUAAGGAUCCAGACCCUUGUUUCUGGCACGGGGUUACCUGUGACCCUGUUUCCCGUCGAGUCAGAGCCCUCAAUCUAUCCUCCAAUCAUUCUACCUGCCCUCUUGCUUCUUUUUCUUCAACUUCAACAGAAACAAAUGGUGGAGUAGUGGGUAACUACUCUUUGCUAUUCCCUUGCUCAGGGUUUAACAACGAUUUGUCACCAAAAUUGGCCGGCAAUUUGUCGCCUGCAAUUGGCCAGCUCUCUCAGCUUGCAGUCUUGUCUCUUGGGUUUAAUGGGUUUUACGGAGAGCUGCCCUUGGAGAUUGGCCAGCUUUACCAGUUAGAGGUUCUUGACUUGGGUUUUAAUGCUUUUCACGGGACUAUACCGGUUUCCCUCCAAAAUUGCUCGUCAUUACGCGUUAUUAAUCUCUCUGGGAAUCGACUGAAUGGUACAAUUCCUGCAUUUUUUAAUCAAUUUCCAGGUUUGCAAAUUUUUUCGCUUUCCUUUAAUUCGUUGAGCAGUUACAUUCCGGAUGAUUUGGGUGACAAUUGUGGAAGCCUUGAGCAUCUUCUUCUUGAUGGGAAUUCACUCUCAGGUUCAAUUCCUUCUAGUUUAGGGAAUUGCAAAGAGCUUCGGUCUUUGAUUUUGUCUUCAAAUUUGUUGCAAGAUAAUAUUCCUUCUACUCUUGGGCAAUUGGGAAAUCUUGAAGUGCUUGACUUGUCUAGAAAUUUCUUGAGUGGGAUUGUACCGCCUGAGUUGGGCAACUGUCAGCAGUUAAAGCUGCUUGUACUAAAAAAUAACGUUGGUCCCUUGUGGUCAACAGAUUUUUCAAGCUCGACAGUUGAAGAAGAGGAGAGUGGGGAGGGGGAGUUUAACUAUUUUGAUGGCAACUUGCCUGAUAGUAUUACAAGGUUACCCAAUCUCCAAGUGUUUUGGGCGCCAAGCUUAAACUUUGAGGGUAAGUUUCCACAGAAUUGGGGGUCUUCUUGUAAACUGAAGAUGCUGAAUUUAGCAGGAAAUUACUUCACCGGAGAAAUACCUGUGUCCCUUGCUAAUUGUGAGAACUUGUACUUUCUCGACUUGAGUUCCAAUAACUUGUCUGGGUUGCUUCCGCAAGCAUUUUCUGUUCCAUGUAUGGUUGUUUUUAACGUUAGCGGGAACAGUUUUACUGGAGACGUUCCGAGAUUUUCUAAUGGGGGGUGUUCCAAGAUGUCUGUUAACAUGUCCACUUCACAUGGUGAUAUUGUUGGUUUCUUCUCUACUUUCUUUUAUACAAAUGCUGUUAUGGGCAAUGGAUCUUUCUCUUUUCCUUAUGGUGGUUUGACCGUAUUACAUGAUAUGAGCAACAACUUUUUUACUGGGCCAGUUCCUCCCCUGUUGAUUGCUUCGGGAAGUUCUUCUCAUAGGCCUUUUUAUGGAUUUUGGUUGAGUGGGAAUAAUCUUGAGGGCAAUAUUUCAACUUAUUCCUUUGAUAUAUGUAUUAGUUUAGAUGGCCUGAUUUUUGACGUUAGUAACAAUAGAAUUGUUGGUGAACUUCCUUCUGCUGUAGGAAGCAGUUGCAAGUGCAUGAAAGUUUUCAGCGUGGCAGGAAAUGAUUUAAGUGGUUCAAUUCCUCGUACUUUCACUUAUUUAGAUUCCCUAGUUAGUCUUAACCUCAGUAGAAACAGAUUACAAGGUCCCAUUCCGUCCUUUGUUAGUCGGAUGAAGGAUUUGAGGUAUUUAUCCCUAGCCUGUAAUAACUUUACUGGUGCAAUACCUUGGGAGUUGGCUCAGCUGUCAGCAUUAGAAGUUUUGGAACUUUCUUCAAAUUCCCUUUCAGGAGAGAUACUGCCUGAUUUUGCAAAACUUCAACAUCUUGAUGUACUGCUAUUAGACCAUAACCACUUAUCUGGAAAGAUACCAUCUGGCUUUGGUAAUACAACUUCACUCUCGGUCUUUGAUGUAUCUUUCAACAAUUUGUCUGGAUCUAUCCCUUUGAAUUCAAACUUAAUUAAAUGUGAAAAUGUGCAAGGAAAUCCUAACCUUCAGCCAUGUCAUACUGAUCCAUCAUCUUCUGAAUGGGAACAGGAGCAAUCUGGUAAUGUUUCCCAACAAGGAGCUAAACCCCCCAUUGGAAGCAUGCAGAGGAAUAAUGAUGCUUUCAAUUCACUCGAAAUUGCUUCAAUUACUUCAGCCUCAGUCAUUCUCUCUGUUCUAGUGGCAUUAGUUCUCUUCCUCACAUGCAUGAAGAAAUUUGUACGGAAUUAUGCAUCUGCCCAAGGACCAUGCAGGAAAGAAGUUGUAACUUGCAAUUAUAUUGGUAUACAGUUGACCUAUGAAAAUGUUGUAAGGGCUACUGGCGGUUUCAGUAUUCAGAAUUGCAUUGGAAGUGGAGGUUUUGGUGCCACUUACAAAGCUGAGAUUGUUCCUGGAGUUGUGGUAGCGGUAAAGCGGCUCUCAGUUGGGAGAUUUCAAGGUGUUCAACAGUUUGCAGCUGAGAUCAGAACUCUAGAAAGGGUGCAGCAUCCAAAUCUUGUAAAGCUGAUAGGUUACCAUCUAAGUGAGUCAGAAAUGUUCCUCGUCUACAACUACUUGCCUGGUGGCAAUCUAGAAAGAUUCAUCCAAGAGCGGUCAAGGAGGGCUGUGGAAUGGAGCAAGCUUCACAAGAUUGCUUUUGAUAUUGCACGUGCCCUUGCUUAUUUGCACGAUGAGUGUGUCCCUCGGGUGUUACACCGUGAUAUUAAACCAAGCAACAUAUUAUUGGACAACAACUUUAAUGCGUAUCUUUCUGAUUUUGGCCUUGCCCGUCUUUUGGGUACUUCUGAGACGCAUGCGACAACUGAUGUAGCUGGGACUUUUGGAUAUGUUGCCCCCGAAUAUGCAAUGACAUGUCGUGUUUCUGACAAGGCAGAUGUGUAUAGUUAUGGUGUUGUUCUUCUAGAAUUAAUAUCUGACAAGAAGGCUCUGGAUUCCUCCUUCUCUUCCUUUGGAAAUGGUUUCAACAUUGUGGCUUGGGCAAGUAUGCUUCUACGACAGGGCCGGGCCAGUGAGUUUUUCACAGCUGGCCUAUGGGAUUCUGGACCUCAUGAUGAUCUUGUUGAGAUACUUCACUUGGGCAUUAUGUGUACAGGUGAAUCUCUUUCAUCCAGACCUUCCAUGAAGCAAGUGGCCCAACGAUUAAAGCGGAUUCAGCCUGCAACAUCUUGACUGAAGUUUUUGACAAUACAUGUUUUGUAAGUUGACACUAAUUAUUUGUAUUUUGCCAUUUGUCUUAUCAUUCAUUCUGCAUUACAUUUUUUGUAGAGGAGCCAGCCAGCCGGGAGACUUAUCCUUGUAAUAUGUAGUCAAUUGUUCCCUUAAACUAUGUAAAAUCUAUAUUUUAGUGGAAAUUAUUCGUUGAAUCUA